GUUCAAUUUUACACUUAACCACUUUGCAAGCAAAUUUGUAUAAAUCCUCGUUCCUCAGACGAGAGAGAUUAAAUGACUUAAUUUUUUGAUCGUUUAAAAUAAUUUGUGGAAGAAUACCGUAGAGACCGAUCUAGGACCGUUUCCUUCAUUAGCUACAAAUUCCUUUUUUUUUCCUGUAAAAUGUCUGAAUUAGAGGCUGAACUUAACAGUAUUCGCGAAAAAUUGAAAGAAAAUAACCCUUCUGAAGCUAUCGUACUUGCCCAAGUGGCUGUAGGAAAGGCUGCUGAAAAUGAUGGUCGUGCUCAUGAAAUGCUUGGUGAAGCUUUCGCUGAGCUUGGAGAGAUAAAAAAAGCUAAGAAUGCUUUUCGAGAAUCAAUUAAAAGAAGCGAAAACUUACAAGAGGAUGCCGGCUAUGAAAAGUAUCUUUGGAUGGCCCAAAUUAUUGAAGAUAGUGAAAAAUCCUUAAUGCUUUAUGAUCGAGGAUUGACCAUUCUCUCACGGUUAUACGCGAUGAAUGCUGAAGAUUUGGAUGUCAAGAAAAAAUUACAGGGUGCGUACUGCAGUGUUGCUGAGCUUUUUAUGACUGACCUUUGUAUGCGUGAGGAUGCUGAAGGUCAAUGUGAUAAAUACACCAAUCUAGCUCUACAAAUUGACCCUACAAAUGCUGAGGCAUUACAAACACUUGCUUCUAUGCGCAUCAGUCAACAGAAAUUUGAAGAAGCGAAAGAGGCACUUAAACAAUGCUUACAGUCAAUUUCAAAUGCCGCUGUGGAAGACAGUAUCGAUCUUCCUACAUAUGCUAUUCGCACUUCUGUCGCAAGACUCUUAAUUGAAGUUGAAAUGCACCAAGCGGCCCACGAUUUGUUAAUUUAUUUGCAGAAAGAAGAUGAUGAGAUCGUUGAUGUAUGGUACUUACUUGGCUGGAACUGCUUCGUGGAAGCUCAGAAUUUACAGGAGCGAGGAAGUGCAUCAGAAGAUGACAUUAAAGAGCUGUUAAUCAGCGCCAAGUCGUACUUUUUGGGAGCAUUGGCUACUUACCAGAAAACGAUGUGGGAUGACGAAGGUAUUCUGGAGCAUAUCAAAGAAAUUCUACAAAUUUUGAAGGAACUCGGUGUUCCUGAUCCUGAAGAAGAAGCGGAUGAACCCGAAGAGUUUGAUUGGGAGACGGACAGCGACGAGAAUAUGCAGGAUUCGUAAUGUUAAUAUUUCGACUCUGUUAACUAAUACUUGACGAAUUUGGGUCUGGCAUAUACUUUUUUUGGUUUAUAAAAAUUAAUAUAUUUUAUUGGGGUUCUUUAGAUAUUUCUAUGUCUAUGCAUCAUGAUCGGUUAGUUGUAUCAUAAGUUAUCUAUAAUUUUC